GGGAUAUUAGCUUGCCCUCGACUGCCCUAACCACAGGGCAGAGACCAUCUCGAGCCUUCUCUUUGCGCCUACGAAAGGAUCCCAUAACGAUGUCAGAGACCUAUGGACACGUGUACGGUACCAAUUCUCCUGGAUUCGCAACCGGAUUGAUUUCGGGAAAUGGGAGAUUAUGGCAGGACGUUACACCAAAGACCCAAUGAACAUGUCUUUUUGUUCUAUUAAUUCAAGAUCAGGGGUUAUCAUGAGUUGCCUCACUGCUUCAGGAUAUGGUUCCUGCACAAAUCAAGUCAAACAUGUCAUUUUGUCCUAUUAAUUCGAGAUCAGCGGUUAUCAUGAGUUGCCUCACCGCUUCAGGAUAUGGCUCCUGCACAAAUCAAGUCACACUCUCUGACCUCACAUUAAGGAAACUCCACCCCAGCCACUACACAAUGAGCAAACUAUAUGUGACCCGCCUCCUUAAAAGACUAGUCACAAGCGCCCUAGGACCCACCACCGAAUCUACGAAGGUUGCUUCACAAGGAGCCGAGGUACACCAAAGGUCCACCGAAUGGUUCGAGCUAAGACGAGAUAGGCUUACGAGUAGCUCAUUUAGUACUGCCCUAGGGUUUUGGAAGGGUCGAAGAGCUGAACUUUGGGUUGAAAAGGUUUUCUCAAGUGACCCAAACCACCCCAACUCUGCUGUGGCUGCCAUGAGUUGGGGCGUGGUCAAUGAGGCAUCAGCGAUAGAGAGAUACACGAGCAUAACAGGUCGUGAAGUGACCCAAUUGGGCUUCAAAACCCACCCUAAUGAGGCCCAAUUAGGCUGGCUUGGUGCCUCACCUGAUGGGCUCAUAAGUGGGCUUGGUGGUGAGCUCGUAUGUGGGCCUAGUGAAGGAAUACUUGAGGUGAAGUGCCCCUUUAACAAGGGAAGACCUGAGUUGGGUCUACCUUGGCCUUCAGUUCCUUACUAUUACAUGCCCCAGUUGCAGGGUUUGAUGGAGAUUUUAGAGAGAGACUGGGUGGACCUCUAUUGUUGGACCCCUAAUGGGAGUACAUUGUUUAGGGUGGAGAGAGACAGAGAGUAUUGGGAUUUGAUUUAUGGGAUUUUGAAAGAGUUUUGGUUGGAACAUGUGGUGCCAGCUAGAGAGGCAUUGUUGGCCUCUGAGGAUGAGACAGCGGUGCGUCGAUAUAUGCCUUUGGCUAAGCAUGCGCGUACUAACAAUGUGAUUGGCCAAAGUCGGGUUUUGGCUGCUGAGGCUCGAUUGUUAUGUAAGGACAUUGGUGGUCAAGUCGAGUUCUUUAGGUAGAAAACACUAAUGGGGAAGGAGAGAGAGAUGGGGGAGAGAGAAGAUCAUCCCCAGUCAAAAUCUGAAGAGAUAGAGCGAGGGGGGAGGAAGAUCAUUCUAAAUCAAUCUAAAGUAGAGGGAAAGAUGAUUUCAGUCCAUUUGCUGGUUUUAUGUUCUUAUUUCAUGAUGUAAGUGGGGGAUUAUGAAUGCAUUGAUCUUUUGAGAUUGGUUCUGAUUGUUUUGGCCCAAAGGCAUUUUGGGAAGAGUUGCAUUCUUUGUACUUUUAACCUAUCAAAAAGGGGAAAAAUUUAUGUAUGUUAUGUAUUCAAUGUUUAUCAUGAAGAUCAUUGUGAUUACUAUUCUGUAUUA